GCCCCGUCUAGCGCUGACGUCAGACCGUCUGCCUGCCUCCGACCGCGGUCUCGGAGCGAAACCCGAUCUCCUUGGACUUGAAUGAGGAGGAGGCGGCGGCGGCGGCGGCGGCGGAGGCGCUCGGCUGGGGGAAGCCAGCAGCGGAGGCUCAGCCCCGGCGGCAGCGCGCGCCCCGGCUGCCAGCCCAUUUCCCGGACGCCACCCGCGGGCACUGCCGACGCCCCCGGGGCUGCGGAGGGGCAGCCGGGGGGCGCAGGGGAGCGCGGCCCCGAGCACUGAGUCCCGCGGCGCCCCGGGAACUUGGCGGCGCCCCGAGCCCGGCGAGCCGGGGCGCGCCUUCCCCGCCGCGCGCCUCCUGCAUGCGGGGCCCGAGCGCCGGGCGCCGGCCGGAGCCCCCCCCGGCCGCCCCCGAGCCCUCUGCGCCCCGCGCCGCGCCGCCGCGCCGUCCAUGCACCGCUUGAUGGGGGUCAACAGCACCGCCGCCGCCGCCGCCGCCGGGCAGCCCAAUGUCUCCUGCACGUGCAACUGCAAACGCUCUUUGUUCCAGAGCAUGGAGAUCACGGAGCUGGAGUUCGUUGAGAUCACCAUCAUCGUGGUGGUGGUUAUGGUGAUGGUGGUGGUGAUCACAUGUUUGCUGAGCCAUUACAAACUGUCCGCUCGCUCCUUCAUUGGCCGGCACAGCCAGGGCAGGAGGAGGGAAGACGCCCUGUCCUCGGAAGGAUGCCUCUGGCCCUCGGAGAGCACGGUGUCAGGCAGUGGAAUCCCGGAGCCGCAGGUCUACGCCCCGCCCCGGCCCACUGACCGCCUGGCCGUGCCCGCCUUCGCCCAGCGGGACCGCUUCCACCGCUUCCAGCCCACCUACCCGUACCUGCAGCACGAGAUCGACCUGCCGCCCACCAUCUCGCUGUCGGACGGGGAGGAGCCCCCGCCCUACCAGGGCCCCUGCACCCUCCAGCUGCGGGACCCCGAGCAGCAGCUGGAACUGAACCGGGAGUCGGUGCGCGCGCCCCCAAACAGAACCAUCUUCCACAGCGACCUGAUGGGCAGCGCCGCGCUGGGCGGCCCCUGCCCUCCCAGCAGUAACUCGGGCAUCAGCGCCACGUGCUACGGGGGCGGCGGGCGCAUGGAGGGGCCGCCCCCCACCUACAGCGAGGUCAUCGGCCACUACCCCGGGGCCUCCACCUUCCAGCACCAGCAGAGCAGCGGGCCGGCCUCCUUGCUGGAGGGGACCCGGCUGCACCCCGCACACAUCGCCCCCCUGGAGAGCACAGCGGCCUGGAGCAAAGAGAAGGAUAAACAGAAGGGACACCCCCUCUAGGAGUCCCGGGGGGGCCAGGGCCGGGGCCGCAGUAGGUAAAACAGCAAAACACUCCGCACUUCUUGAAAGAAAAGAGAGAGGAGGACGGGGCGACACACAGGAGACUGCACCGCAUGAGCAUAUUCUCCCCACCUCUCCGUGUAUAAAUAUUUACAUGUUCUGUCUGGUCUGAAUGCACAAGCUAAGAAAGCUUGCAAAAAAAAAAAAACCAUGUUUCUUUGUUGAGCUGUGUCUUGAAGGCAAAAGAGGAAAAAAAAAAUUCUACACUAGUCUUUUCUGUUUCUAGUUGAGCUGCGUGCGUGAAUGCUUACUUUCUUUUGUUUGUUUAUGAUGAUUUCACUUAACUUUAAAGACAUAUUUGCACAAAACCUUUGUUUAAAGAUCUGCAAUAUUAUAUAAAUAUAAAUAUAUAUAAAAUAAGAGAAACUGUAUGUGCGAGGGCAGGAGUAUUUUUGUAUUAGAAGAGGCCUAUUACAAAAAAAAAAAGUUGUUUUCUGAACUAGAAGAGAAAAAAAAAAUGGUCAUUUUUGAGUGCCAACUCAGAAAGUGUGUAUUACCUUGUAAAGAAAAAAAACUACAAAGCAGGGGUUUAGAGUUAUUUAUAUAAAUGUUGAGCUUUUGCACUAUUUUUUAAUAUAAAUAUGUCAGUGCUUGUUUGAUGGAAACUUCUAUCAACGUCUGUCGAGACUUUUAAGGGAGAAAUGUUGGAAUUUCACGGUGGACGUCAGGCAGAGGGUGGGAUCCACGCUGAGUCUGGAGAGAGGCUCCCAGAGGGGCUGAUUUCCUGCAGAGUGGAAGCUUCUGUCUAGUGAUAGGUUAUUACCUCGUUAUACAUUCCCUCCCGAAGGAGACGCAUUUUUUUCCCCUCUGGGCCAGGACAGCCUUUGGAUCGCAAAGAAAAUAGGAAAGUUACUCGAGGCCCCAAGUUCCAGGAGGUGGGCUUUGCUCUUCCCAAAAUGAAGAUAAACUGUUACUGAAGGAAUCUUAGUUUUUUCUCCUCUUUUCUGAACCACGAAGGUCCCUGUAGGAAGGGGCUCGCUAAGGUGCUCCCUGCCCCCUGCCUGCCUUGCCAGGGCCACGCCAGAGGCGGUUAGGUGGCUCGUGCGUGCAGGAUGCUUUGGCGAUUCAGCUGGCUCCAGACUCUACCGGCUGAGGUGGGUGCAGCCCACUGGCGCAUAGGAAAGGCCCAAAGGACUAGCAAUGUGACCUCAUCCCUGUCUUUAUGUAUUGAUUCUCACGUAACAGGCCCAUAACCAGAAGACCAGAGAUGAAAAAGUGACAUGCCCAGGUUUCUCCCAGGACACUGCAAAAGGGUUAAAACGAGAAAGACAGUCAAACCAACGCAAACUCGAGCUUUAGGAUGUAGAAGCAGAAUUCUUUCCCUUCUCCUCUCUUUCGCAUUUCAUUCCCUUCCCCGUGGAAACCAUUGUUUUUGAUGUGUUUAUGUAUCUGUGUUUUCAUAAGCGUCUUCAUCAGACACAACUCUUUUGUUUACCAGGGUUUUACGGAGUAGAUGUCGGCGGGACCCCCUUGCUGGUGGCGUGCGCGUGUGCGGGUAGAGAAGGCGGGGAGAGAGUGGAGUGGGGUCCUCCCUCCCACCAAGGGUGGGCUAAUACUCCAUGGGGUGACGCCCUUAGCAGGAGAGCAGGCCACCCUGCCCCCUGCUCCCUGCAUCCCACGGAGGUGUCUUUUCAUCUUCGGCAGAGUGCCAACUAGCCGGUUAACAUAAGAGAAAGGUCUAAGAGGCAAUAAGUAUUGAUUUUAAACAACUUUUUUAUUACUUGAAAAACAAAAACUUGAGAACAGUUUUGAAGUUCUGACCAUUUGAACUCUAUUUCUAUACGUACCUUUUAAGACCAUGGUGACCAAUAGAUGACCGAGGUGUCUGAUUGCCCGCUCACCAGCCUGGCAGAAAGUUCUGGUACCUUGACAAUAAAACCUGCCUCUCCGUGGGGUCUUCAGCCUAACCUUUGCCUAACCUUUGCUUCUCUCUCAAAGAUUCUUUGAAAAGGUCAUUUCGUGCAGAGACAUCCGUAGAGUUUGUCCUGAAAGGUACAGGGACACAUUUAUAGAUAAAGUUUUUUUUAAAAAAACAAAAACGUAUCGUUCCUUUAUGUGAAGCGUCUCCCUAGUGCCUUACUGAGAAAGCGGUUGACCCCUUGUGUCCCCCGGCAGCGGCGUUCCUGGACGGCGCCCUGCUCACCGGGGCCCGGCCUUCCCGCUCGUGGUGGACAGAGGGUUGCUGCUUCUUUAAAAACAUCCCCAUGGCCUCGUGCCGUGUCCCGCCCUCCCGCCUUCCACCCUGGCUGUGCCUCCCUUGGGUCAGGCCACCCCCCCCCCCCCCGGCCCCUCCAGCCUCUUGUCAGUACUCGUUUAACUCCCACCCGGGUCAAAAACCUAGACGUGGACCUUGUUUGUGUGAGUAGCGUAGCAGCAGACGAAAGCCAGGCCGAAGUGUUCCCGAGGUCCUCGAACCAAACCUUGACUCUCGCUGCUGGGUGGUGCGGUCUGCCAUUGCCGUAUGAGCAGCGAGGUAGAAGAAGGAAGCAGGGGAGGGGGUUACUGACCUCAGCUGGCUUGAGGUCACCCUCCCCAUGCCCCUGUUACGCCCCAGGAUGGCAGUCCUGGCCUUAAGGCCGCCGCAUUGUCCCUGGGCUCCGUGCCUAGCGGAUGACAGUUGCAGAAGUUCAUGGUGGAGCAGCUUGUCAAGGCCAGGGCACCUCCCAAGAAAGCCAUGGGGUGUGUUUCUGCAAAGCUCUUGGUUUCUCUGCUGGACCCAGAGCCCUGAGGGUACACUCCUUCCUCUAGGUGUUGGCUGUCGUGUCCUUACCUUCAAAAAGCCUUUGAGCAUCCCUUGGGAGGCCCCCUUUUUUCAGUAGAAAGUUGGUGGGGGGGCAGCCCUUGGCAGUGGCUGGUUGCAGGGGGACCAGGCUGGGCUCAGAGAAGGUGGCAGAGCUUGGCUUUCUCUAAGCCUCAUUGUUUCCCUGCUUGUCAAUCAUCACAUUUCCUCCGGAGGAAAACUCUUUCCCCCGCCAAGCCCAGGUCUACACGGACGGACUUAGCAAAGUGCCCUAAGAGCCGUCCACGUCCCCGUGUUUUUGCCAGGAGCUGAGAGCGACACCUCCCCACGGCUAGCAAACCCCGGGCCAGGGCGAGGACCGAACCAUCCCCAGUCCUUGGCUGUCUGCUCUGUGAAUUGUACUUUUCAGAGAAUUUUCCUUUCUACGUGCAACACCAAGCUUCCAGAUCCAUAAAACAUCCUGAUGACAAAGGAGAGAAAAUGUUUCGUUUUGUUUGGUUUUCCGGAAACUGCGCUUCAAAUUCCGCUGUACUAUAGAGCUCAGGAGGACCUGCUGCGUUCUCGUUUGCCUGCCUGUUUCCAUGGUGGUUGUGCUGAUGGUGACGCUUUCACGUUGCUCCCUUGGCGUUGGAACCGCUCUCUUUCGCAGCCCUGUUUCCCAAGUUUUGUUCAAGUUACACGUAUGUAAACUCUCCGUGGCACGCUGGGUGCGGCGCCCGCGUUGCUGCUGCGUAAGACUCUGUAUUUGGAUGCCAAUCCACAGGCCUGAUGAAAUCGCUUGUUGUGUAUCAAUAAUCAUUAGUGGCAAUGACGACAUUCUGAAAAGCUGCAAUACUUAUACAAUAAAUUUUACAAUUCUUUGGAA